AUGCCACGUAAGCUACGUAAGAAUAUACGUAAGAGGAAGGGAGCAUUGAAACAUCCAAUAGUAAAACUGACACCACAACAACAGUUGCAACAACAAAUGAUGAAUGACCCCACUAUGUUGCAACAAAUGUCAAGCAACCCUAUGCUUUUAAACCGAGUUAUUGGUGCACAGAGUGGAGGUUUAAGAGCGGCACUUUUAGCGAAAAUGGCAGGCUAUGGUGGAGCUGCAGACGGAACAGCUUAUAACCCUCAAAGUCAAAUGAAUUUGAGUUCACUCAAAAAUCAAAUAACAGAUGUCAAAAAGUCAAACAUAGACAUACAGAAACAAAUAAGUGAAAACGAAAAGAAACUAGAAUAUGACAGACACACAAAGAAACUAAAUGAGUUAAACGUAGAGAAAAAGAAGAAAGAAGAACAACUGAAAGAACUAAGUACAGAGGAAUAUGCGAAAAAAGUGUCAGAAAAAGCAGCAGAAGUAGCAAAAAUGGAACAAGAUGUUAUAAAUUUGAAAAACCAUACUACUCAAUAUAAAGUACUGAAAGAUGAAGAGAUAAAACAAAAAGCCCUGAAGACAUAUAUGGAUAGCGAUGAGUAUAAAAAAGAAGUUGAAGCAAAUGUAA